GCGGCGGCGGCCGGCGUAGAGUUGAGGAUGAAGCGUCGUAGCCAGCGGGGAGUUGCGCCGCCGCCGCCCGGGCCCCAGGGGGAGGGUCCCGCGGCCCGGGCUGGAGACCCCCCUGCGGGCUCCCCGCGGCCCAGGGGGAGGAGGUCAUCCUGGUUAUUCAAAACCCUAAUCCUGCAUCUCUUAAUUAUUUAUGUUUCCGUACCGUUCCUUAUACGUCUCUUUCCUGCGCUGUUGGCCAAGUUUGUCUUUCUCAACAUUAUGGCAUUUCCCUUUGUGGACUUUGCGAAACCUGAAUUGCUGCUGAACCAUACUGUAAACUUCUAUCUCACAACCGAACCGGAGGUCACCAUCGGCGUCUGGCAUGUUUUGCCUGCUAGCAGGGGGAUAGAAGCUCAAGGGAAGGACCACAGCUGGUAUGAAGAAACUCUUGCAGACGAUAAUCCCGUUAUAAUUUACCUCCAUGGCAAUGGAGGUAACAGAGGCCAGGACACCCAUUUUGGAUCUAAUUGCAGGGCUUCAGGGCACCGAGUUUCCUUGAUGAAGGUGAUGAGUGGUGCAGGCUUCCAUAUACUGGCUCUUGACUACAGAGGGUAUGGGGAUUCUAGUGGCUAUCCAAGUGAGACGGGACUUACUACAGACGCCAUGUGCCUCUAUGACUGGGUAAAAGCCCGGAGUGGAAAUAGCACAGUGCUCUUCUGGGGACACUCCUUGGGUAGUGGAGUAGCAACAAACCUUGCAAGAAAACUGCUUGAAGAAAAAGGCAUCCAGGUGGACUUGAUUGUUCUGGAAGCGGCCUACACCAACAUCCGGGAGGCAGCAGCUCAUAUUCCCAUUACCAGAAUCUACCGUCAAUUCCCAGGAUUUGAGUACUUAAUCCUCGACUCAAUGGCAUUGGGUGACAUGUUUUUCCGUAAUGAUGAGAAUGUUAAAGUGCUGACCAGUCCCCUUUUGAUUUUGCAUUCAGAAGAUGACCCCAUCUUGCCCGUCCACCUGGGUAGAAAGCUCUUUGAGAUUGCUCUCCACUCCUAUGAGAACAAAGACAAGGUCAAGUUUGUUGCCUUUCCAGAGAAGCUGGGCUUAGCCCAUGAAAACAUCUGUUUAGACCCAGAACUGCCAGCCAUUGUGAAAGACUUCCUGAAGAACACCAAGUGAUACCAGCUACUGCACUGUACAUUAAUCACCAUGGGCGCACUUACAGCUGAAGCCACAUCAUGGCAGAGACUCAACAAAACUACAUUAGAAAGUUUAAUUUGAUUUUAAUCAGCAAAUGGACUAGAAUACAUGUGUGGCCAGACCCAGCUACUGGCACCAUAGCUUAACACCCCCCACCCCCACACAAGCUGUAUCCAGGUAGGGUAAAUAGUUUGCCUUAAGCUUUUUGUUUUCCUUCCAAAGUGCUCUUACAUUUAGUGCAGCUCUUAAUUUUGAGCUGGUUUUGAAGGGAUAACUAAACCUCUCCAUGGUGUUUUUUUUAAACAGACAUCACAUCUGUGAAACUACCCUUUUGUAGUCAAGUUACUAGUCAGCACCUGAUGCCCUCGCAGCACAGAAUUGGACUUUUAACACCUUAGUAGGAACAAAGUGCUUAAUAUCUGGAGUAUGACUACUGGGCAAUGAUUUGAGCAGUGUUCAUAGGAAGAUGUUACUAAGUUAUCGUGGCCAUGCCAACAGCUAACUACAUCAUGAACCAUGACAUCUUUUAGAAGCAGAAGUGAAGGGCUGGAAAGGAUCUUGAGGGUUGUAUUAAGGUGGGGAGGUAAUACUCCUGCUGAGGAGAACAGGAUAAUUAAGUCCAGUUCUUUAGGAAAUUGGAACCCAUGGGAGAACAAAAAGUGAUCAAAAGGUUAGAACAGUGCAUGCUCAGUCGUGAGAAAAGAUGACUGCGUGAGGACUUGGCAGUUAAACUGUCAGGGCUGUUUCAAAAGGAGUGUUCUGUGCCUGUUGCAGUUACAACACUUUGUAAUGGGCUUACUGUGCAGCAAGGGAGGUUUAGGUCAGUUUUUCUUAAGACUGAAACUAAAUUACCCUUGCUCCUGAGAAAGCCUAUUACUACUUGUUCAUGUCCACUGACUAGAGAACACCUGACUGCUGGCUGACCAGCCCUUAGGUCUGUGUUCCUCCCCCAAUGUCCCUUGUGACAGUUUAUGUAACAUUUAACUUGAGGACAGGUACAAUAAAAUAGCCUAGAUGAGUCUACACAAGCAAUCCUAGGUUCUGACUUUAGGCUUAAGUAAACCACAGUGAGUGCACUGGAUAUUUCAAUUGGCACUUUUAUUCCAGCACCGAAAGCAAGCAGUUGUAGUCUAACAUUCAGGUUUCUGUGAUUCAAGGUGUUAGGAAAGACAAUAGAUAUCCACUAAACAGUUAUGGGUAUGUAUGUAACAAUGCUUACAGCACAUCCUCACUAGAGACAGCUUGCACAGCAAAGUCUUCUCAGAACUAUAUCUUCACCUUUUGAGUUGUGCAAUUGGGAUUCUUGUCAUCAGCCACAUCCCUUGGUUCAUUAGGUGGAGGAAUCUUUAGGUCUGAAGGCUCCACAUUCCAGAUGUCUCGGGCAUAUUCCUUAAUGGUCCUGUCACUGGAGAACUUCCCCGAGGCAGCUAUGUUUCUAAUAACCAUUUUGGUCCACUCUUUGGCAUUCUGUGGAUAGACCAGAUCGCAGCACUUGAAAGCAGAUACAAGGCCUAGCACAGUAUCGGUUCUACCAAGUGCCUGAAAGGACAGGCAAACUCCAAUGUAGGACUAUGGUUGGACAGCAGCCCUGAAGGGAACAGCAGCAUUGCUAUAGGCAAAGUGUCUAAAGCUUGAGUAAGGGCCAUUUUAGAAAAGCUUGUAGGCCAGCAGUUUGGAGAGGUGUAGCUGGCACAGCACACAAGCCUGUUCUAGUGAAGACAUGGCUGAAGGUCACUUUCAUAGUUAAGUAUUUGGACACAUGACAGCUUUGCACACUGCUCAGGAUCAGCUGCUCUGCUUUAGUGCAGACUGAACAAGGGCAGCUUUUUGAAGAGCCAUUUCUGAAUUGGCUCAAAUACUUUUUUGCUAAUGGAGAUCCUAGUGAGCAGUUUGCAGAGCAGCCCCCCACCCCAAAAGCAGGCUAUAGCCUCCAGUAGAGGGCAAGUUUCUUGCUCUCCCAGCCACACAACUAAUGGAGAAGGAAGAGGGGGUGACAGGUCACUAUCAUCAGUUCAGCUCUAAAGAAUCUCUGGUCUCUCAGAACUGUGACUCAAUCUGCCACUGUAUUCAAGUAACUGGUAAGUCACUACAGGUAGCUGCAGUAGACUUUUCCCACCCCCACCCCAGUAGAUCCAGGGGGUUACAGUAGCGGAUUUACCAGAAUAACCCAGUAGGCUCUGGCACAAGUUAAGAGCAGCUUUCAAGAUGCUCUAACUUGCAGUAGGGAAUAAGUCCCCAAAGGCUACUUUGCAGUAAGGAUCCAAUCACAGUCCAGCCCACCCUGGAACAUUCCCUGCCCCAUUCUUACCAUAUACAGCUGGCUGACUUUGUCUUGGCAUUUGACAUACGCCUCAUAAUCUGCAAAUACUUUAAACCUAUUGGAGCAAAGAAAAAAGGGCAAGUCACUCACCCUGCUCCUACCAGGAUUUUA